AGACUUUCCAAAUACAUAGCAGACGCCAUGGUUACAAUGCUAUGGAUAUGUUUCGUUCUGCUAUUCGUUCCUUCCUGGUGCGAUGUGUGUCACGACCUUGACCCUUUGGGAUGUGCGAGUCUGAUUGGAGCAAACAGCAGCUUGUGUCAGGAAGAGGUAUUUGCCCACACCGCCUGUCAGAGAACAUGCGGACUAUGUCCUUUGACGUGUUACCACUGCAUUGAUCCAGUAACGGAUGUGCAAAGUUGCACAGCGACAAAACAAUGCCAAAUGGGGGAGAAAUGCAUGACGAGUGAGGUAUCGUCUUCGAAAGAUGGACACCACGAAUACAGACUCAAUUGUGCCUCAAAUAUGAUGUGUGACGGGAGUAUGAUAUUUUCCAUCGUUGGUCGUCGCGAUAUUUCCUCCCACUGCUGCAGUGUGGAUUUGUGUAAUCAACCCGAUGCAACCGCGAGUACAACAACGUCUGUUCCUACCUUGUCGUGUCAGAGGGACAUUUACAUAUUGGUAGAAGCCUUCUUACAUGAUGACAAGACAACGGACAUGCUUCUUUCGCAGUUUUUAUCUGCCUUGGCAUCAUCCCUUCCCGCAGACAGUCAAGCCAGCCUCGCAGUAUUUGAUAGAGGAAUAUAUUUUCUGGUCCAUUUUGCCGAUUCGACUCAGCUUCUCAACUACAACACGAGUACGUUUAUUAGUCCUCAUCAUUCUAUACUCGACUACGACAGAACAAUGCAUGACCUUAGGAAUGUUCUCCAACACCAAGACAAUGGUGCAAGGGCUAAUGCUUCUGAUGCCGUCCUAUUCAUUACAAACGAUAGAUCGGAUGACAGGAAUCAUGGUCACUUGCAUUUACAUGGAUCUUAUUUGGACGGCUUGGCUUCAAGCGUUACGGUGAUUGACGUAGGAAGUCGAAACCCGGCUCUUGCAUCCUUACUCGCAACUGAUGCCAACCAUGAGAUAGCAGUGCCUACCUACCAGGGGCUUAUGAGUGUUGUUCCUCAGGUGGUCUCACUCUUGUGCUCCUAGACCUAACAGAUGUCGCCUUUGAUAUUUGUUAAAGAUAUUUGAUUAAAUUGCAUGUUUCACA